GAUCAACAAAAAGCGCCAGCACCCAACACGACGCGUCGAGCCAGGAAGAACGGCAGGACGCCUCGCUCCAAACGCACCUGCGCGGGCUGACCUGUUUGGUGCAAAGCAAACCGCAAAGUGACUGGUUAAUUGUUCGAGAGGGAACACCAACCAAAAGGGGACAUCGGUCCUGAUCACCGUGGUGCGAGGCCGCCAUUUGGCCCAAAGCGGUGAUUCUGGUCGUGAUCCAGCGCUGUUGCUGCAGAUACGUUGUGUUCGGGCAGGGCCUUGGACAUGAUGGCACAGCCCAUGCCACCACCGCGGCGUCCUGCCUCAGCCGCGGCCUUGCAGAAACGCCAUUCCCUCAAACUUGUGGCCCGCAAGAUUGUGCGCCGCAACAAACUUGAAAAGCAACAACGCGAGAUUCAACAUCAAUUGGAGACUCUCCAAAACGUGCCAAUCGACCUGCUGGCGACCUCGUGGCUUUCCGAGUCUGGCAUUGUGGACCUGCGCACCCGCGUGUACCUGGUGGAGAAAUGUCUUGGCCCCGUGGUCAUGGGUCUGGAAGCUGUUCUUAGUGAUCUCGAAAAGCGCGGCAUCGACCCCGCCUCUGAGUCGCUCGUCGGUCGCUUCAACCCAGUGGACUUUUUGGCCGCCUUCCUCAUGCGCAACAACCCACGCUAUAGCAACCUCAACGAUAGCUCCCCCUAUGCCAAAUCCAUGCAGGUCGUCAUGGAACACCUCAAAGACCGCCUUCACGCCGCCACCGGUGACUCGCGCUCUCGCGUACAGGCCGAUGUUCAACGACGCCGUGAGCGCAUGGAUGCUGAGAUUCGAGCCCAGCGCCUGGCGAUUGAAGCCCAGCUUGAGCCCCUGCUAUCCAAAUUCCCAUCACAGGGUCUUCCUGCCCCGUUUGUUACCGAGUGCAUCAGCCGCUAUCCCCACAUCUCUGCAAUGGUUGCUUUUGAUGCCGAUCGGCAGAAGAUGCCCGAUCACAUCGACGCCCCGACCUUGGUUGCCAUUCUGACGCCUCUCCUUCAUGGCGUCUCUUCAGAGGACGUCAAGGCCUUUAGCACGUACUUUCUUGAGCAGCACGUCGCCGCACAGCAGGCUCAAAAAGCCGCCGAAGAGGCAAAAGCUGCAGCCGAAGCUGAAGCAGCAGCCCAAGCAGCCGCCGAUCUGGCUCAACAGGAAGCCUCGGCCCUGGUGGUAGUAACAGAAAGCAGUGACUUUGAGGCCGAAGCUCCGGCUGCUUCACCUGGCUCAUCGCACGCAGCGAAAACAGAUGCUUCCCUGGACUCGCCUUUGAGAGCAAGUGCCCAUGCCUAUGCCACUUUGUCGCAACAAUUUCCAUCUACCAUUGGCAUGUUUGCCGACGUACUGGCACCCCAGGUCGAAGCGAGUCGGCCGCCAACUGCCAGCUCCGCAGAAUCCUUGUCAGAUGCACCCGGUGUCCUAGCCGAGGCUGCCGUCACAUCUUCAGCCUACGCCACACUAAGCACGGCGUAUCCAUCGUUCAUCUCUUCCUUUGCCCAUUAUGCCUGAGCGCCCGAGAGAAAAUCUUCACUCCGGCCGGGCCUUGCUGGAGGAUUCCUUCUCUGCUGUGCCACUUUUUGUGUUGGCAUAGCUCUAGUAUUUUCUCUGCCCACUUUGCUUUCUAUGAUUGAUCUCCCAAAACCUUC